AUAAACCCAUCAGACCCCUAUAGACCCAUUAGGCCGAUGACAUUUCACCAAACAAAAAACGCCAUGAAGCUCACUUCUCUCUUCCCUCUCCUCUUUCUCGUCCCUCUCUUAGCCUCAUGCGCUGAAAAGAAACAGGUGUAUAUUGUCUACUUUGGAGAACAUAAAGGUGAUAAAGCUUUUAACGAAAUUGAAGAACAUCACCAUUCUUAUCUUUUAUCGGUUAAAGAAUCUGAACAAGACGCCAGAUCAUCGCUAUUGUAUAGCUACAAACAUAGCAUCAAUGGCUUCGCAGCUGAGCUAACCCCUGAAGAAGCCUCUAAACUAGAAAAGUUAGAAGAGGUUGUUUCGGUAAUCGAGAGCCACCCAAGAAAACAUGAAACACAUACGACACGGUCAUGGGAAUUUGUAGGAUUAGAGGACGAGGAGAAACCCGACGAGGUUGAUGUUCGACGUCAAAAAAACCAUGUGGAUGAUGAUCGGUUUCGCGUCGGAAGAAAGUUUCUGAAGCAUGCAAAGCAUGGAGAUGGUGUCAUCGUCGGUGUUAUCGACAGUGGAGUGUGGCCAGAAUCAAAGAGCUUCAGUGACAAAGGAAUGGGGCCCAUUCCAAAAUCAUGGAGAGGAAUCUGCCAAACCGGAUUUGCCUUUAACUCUUCUCACUGCAACCGGAAAAUUAUUGGAGCAAGGUAUUACGCGAAAGGAUACGAAAGGUAUUACGGAUCGUUCAACGCUACAGCAAACAAAGACUUCUUGUCUCCACGAGACCCCGACGGACAUGGAUCCCACACAGCCUCUACCGCUGUUGGCCGCCGAGUCAACCGUGUAUCCGCUCUCGGCGGUUAUGCCAUGGGCUCGGCCUUAGGCGGUGCACCGUUGGCUCGUCUAGCCGUCUACAAAGCCUGUUGGGCCUAUCCCAACCAAGAAAAAGUAUUUGGAAACGUAUGUCUAGGAGAAGACAUGCUUGCGGCGUUUGAUGACGCGAUCGCUGAUGGCGUUCACGUUAUUAGCAUUUCGGUCGGGAGUUUCGAUCGUUUGCCGUAUUCGCAAGAUGGAAUCGCGAUAGGAGCGUUGCAUGCGGUUAAAAGAAAUGUUGUGGUUGUGGCUAGCGCGGGGAACUAUGGGCCGACACCUGGGACUUUGUCGAAUCCGGCACCUUGGCUUAUUACUGUCGGAGCUAGUAGCCUUGAUCGGGAUUUCAUCGGAGGACUUGUUCUUGGUAAUGGCUAUACAGUCGAGACGGAGUCGAUUACGGCAUUGAAAAUGAACAAAUUUGCACCUCUUGUUUACGCUGGUGACGUGUCUGUUCCUGGAAUUGCAUUGAACAACACAUACACAGCGCAAUGUUUACGGAAUUCACUAAAACCGGAGCUUGUGAAUGUACCUUACUCUCACUUCGUUGCAACUGCCUCUGUUACCCCCACGGUGGUCGAAAAAGUUCUCGACUACAUCAAAACUGGAAAAAACCCGACGGCUUUUAUCAUACCGGGGAAAACGGUUUACAAAUACCAACCAGCUCCUUCAAUGGCCGGGUUUUCUAGCCGCGGUCCGAACUUGGUAGACCUUAACAUUCUAAAGCCGGAUAUUACCGCACCGGGACUGAACAUACUAGCUGCAUGGAGCGGAGCGGAUUCACCGAGCAAAGUUUCGAUCGAUCAUAGAGUUGCAGAUUAUAAUUUCGACUCAGGAACUUCUAUGUCUUGUCCUCAUGUUUCUGGUGCAAUUGCUCUUCUCAAAGUUAUUCAUCCCAAAUGGAGUAGUGCUGCUCUAAGAUCUGCUCUUAUGACCACUGCUUUUAUGACCAAUGAUGAGAAGAAACCGAUCCAAGACACUAAUGGUUUACCCGCAAACCCGUUUGCGCUUGGGUCUGGACAUUUUAGACCAACAAAAGCUGAGGAUCCCGGUUUAGUCUACGACGCAUCUUACCAAGAUUACCUUCUCUAUGGUUGCUCAGCUGGUUUAACCAAUAUUGACCCGACAUUCAAAUGUCCACGUAAAAUCCCUCCCGGUUAUAAUCUCAAUUACCCGUCAAUUGCUAUCCCGAAUCUCCGCAGGAAGGUGACGGUUAAAAGAACGGUAACAAAUGUUGGAGAUGAUAACUCAACAACCACAUAUAAAUUCAGCUCUAAGCCGCCACAUGGUUUCUCGGUCAAGGCUAAACCGAGGGUGCUGACAUUUAACCGGAUUGGUCAAAAGAAGCGGUUUAAAAUCGUGAUCAGGGCACGGAGGCAUAAGAUGAUGAUGAAUGCGAGUGAAAAGGGUCAAUACCAAUUUGGAUGGUUUAAAUGGACUGACAACUACCAUGCCAUGAGACGCGUUUCUCUCUCCCUUCUCCUUUUUCUCGUCCCUCUCUUAGCUUCAUGCGCUAAAGAGAAGCAGGUGUAUAUAGUCUAUUUUGGAGAACAUAAAGGUGAUAAAGCCAUACAUGAAAUUGAAGAUCAUCAUCACUCUUAUCUUCAAUCUGUUAAGGAAUCCGUAGAAGACGCCAAAUCAUCGCUAUUGUACAGCUACACAAAACACAGCAUCAAUGGUUUCGCUGCUGAGCUAACACACGAUGAAGCCUCUAGACUAGAAAAACUGAAGGAAGUUGUAUCGGUAUUCAAGAGCAAUCCAAGAAAAAUAUAUAGGACCCAUACGACAAGAUCAUGGGAAUUUGUAGGAUUAAAAGAUGAAGAAGGGGAUUAUCGUGGCGGCGAAGGCGAUUAUAGACGUCACAGUAAUGACGUGAAUGAUCAGUUUCAUGUUGGAAGAAAGUUUUUGAAGAAGGCAAAACAAGGCGAGGGAGUCAUAGUUGGUGUUAUCGACAAUGGGGUGUGUGGCCAGAAUCAAGGAGUUUCAGUGACGAAGGAAUGGGGACCUAUUCCAAAAAUCAUGGAAAGGAAUCUGCCAAACCGGAAAAUUAUCGGGGCAAGGUAUUACGCAAGAGGGUACGAGAGAUAUUACGGACCGUUCGAUUGCCGCAGCUAAACAAAGACUUCUUGUCUCCACGGAGGACGCCGACGGACAUGGGACCCCAGGGGGGGGCGAUCUUCAACCGCUCCGUGGACGCCGUUGUUAGCGGUGUAUCUGCGUCGUUCAAACGGUAUUGCUAAGGGGCACGGCUUCAGGCGGUGCCUCAAUUGGCUUUCACCUAGCCGUGUACAAAGCUUGCAUGGGCCAUUCCAAACGCUGACAAAAACUACGGAAACACGUGUUGUCGACGAAGAUUGUUUUAGCUGCGGUGGGGGCGUUUUGACGAACGCGAUUGCUGAUGGGCGUUUCACGUCAUCAGUAUUUCGAUAGGAACGACUGUGACCUCAACCGUAUUUAAAAGACCGGAAUUCGCGAUUGGAGCGUUGCCAUGCGGUUAAGAGAGAAUAUUUGUGGUUGCGGCUAGUGCCGGUUAAUGAAGGACCAGGAGCUGAAAACGCUGUCGGAAUCCAAGCUCAUGGGAUUACUGUCGUAUGCUAGUAGUCUUGAUCGGUAUUUUAUCGGUCGUCUUGAACUUGGUGAUGGGCUAUAAAUACGAGUCGGACUCGUUGAACGACAUUAAAAAUGGAACAACCUUUGCUCCUCUUGUGUACGCAGCUGAUGAUAGCUGUUCCAAGUGUUUCGAUGAACUAUGCCACCGCUAGUUUACCGAUUCACUUUCAACCGAUCUUGUGAGAGGUAAGUUGUGUUAUGUUUGAGAGGUUACGGUUCAAGACUCGGUAAAAGCCUUGAAGUUAAACGAGCCGGAGGAGUCGGUAUGAUUUUAGAAAUUCUCGGGAUAACGAUGGAAUCAGACCGAUCCUCAUGUCGUAACCGACCGGGUUGGUUCUCUCGUCCGCGUCAUAAUUCUCGAUUAAAUUAUAUGUUAUAACCGGUGCUUCAUCAAACCAGCCAAAAACGUACUGUACCAUACCAAACGGAAGAUUCGGUUUAUCCAUCUCCAACCGCUCCUUUUAUGAACCAGUUUCCAGCCGUGGCCCAAGUGGUAGACCUAAACAUUUUAAAGCCGUAUUAACUGCACCGGGAUUAAAAUAUAUAGCUGCUGGAGCGGACAAUUCACAACGUUCGAUCGAUCGACGAGUACAGAUUAUAAUAUCGACUCAGGGACUUCUAUGUCUUGUCCACAUGUUGCUGGUGCAAUUGCUCUUCUCAAAAGCAUUCAUCCCACAUGGACUAGUGCUGCCAUAAGAUCUGCUCUCAUGACUACAGCUUCGAUGACCAACGAGGCCAAUGAAGCGAUCAAAGACUAUGAUGGUUACCCUGCAGACCCAUUUGCACUUGGUUCAGGACAUUUCAGACCAACAAAAGCAGCAUAUCCUGGUUUAGUCUACGAUGCGUCAUACCAAUCUUAUCUUCUCUAUUGCUGCUCACUUGCGAUGACCCAACAUUCAAAAAAUUGGUCCUACAAAACAAAGUUCCUCCCGCUUAUAACUUAAACUAUCCCUCAAUCUCAAUCAUAUCUCGCUGGGCAGUGGACCGUUUCGAGGACUGUCACAUGUGUUGAGUAACCGGUAAUUCAACACUGAGCACUUAUACUUCAGAUGCUCAACCACCGUUUGGUGUCUCGGUUAAGGUCUGACCGGAUGUGCUGGUUUCGUCGUAUUGGUCAAAGAAGCAGUUUAAUAUUUUUAUUCUUCAAACACAGAGAUACGAUAUACACGUGAGGCUCGGGAGAUAGGUAUCGGUUUGGAUGGUUGAGUUGGACUAUUGAAAUCAUGUUGUGAUAGUCCAAUUGCUGUUUCAUUGGGUUUGAUUCUUUAUUUGCUUUUUUUAGAGUAGUUUCUCUGGAACUUUAUUGUGGUCAAAAUAAAAAGAAAAUAAAUAAAUGUUUUGUUAAUCCACUCUCUAGAGGUCCUUUCCUGUGUUCCCUUUUUAAAAAAUGUGUGAUUCUAUAUAAUCUACUAUUCUUU